AUAUCAUUUGCAGUCAUUUCAUUGUUCAAUACUGAUCGUAAUUAACAUCUGCAAAGUUCUUUAAAUUUAAAUCGCUAGAAUGUUGUGGGUCUUUACUGUGUUUGGGCUGAUUGCCGUGUCGGCGGCUAGACCGAGUGAGGCCGAUACGCUGAACGUGGUUGUAGUCCCCCCUAAUUGCCCCGCGGGCCAGGAGUGGGUGAAUGGCCAAUGUCGCGACGUGUGGAGACUCGCCCCAGCACCAGUGGUCCUUCCUGCCAUCCCGAUCCCAGCACAAUACGCUGAAAACGCUGCUCCGAACUUCGUUGACUCCGAGGCGCAACCGGCCGAUGAAUAUGCACAACCCACGAACGCAGUGAUCGUCCCACCAAACUGUCGACCCAAUCAAGUUUAUGUCAACAACCAGUGUCGCGAUAUAUUCGUAGCGAUUCUGCCGCAAGCAGAACUGAGAUCGCAAGAAUUGCUUAAUGAAGUUGAACAUAAAAACAUCGUUACCGUACCCAAUCAAUGUCCUAUCGGAUACAAGCCUGAUGCUCUCGGUGUCUGUCGCGAGAUCUUUUGAUUGUGUACUCUUGAAAUGUAUUGAAAUCUAACUUAUAAACAAUAAAAGAUAUUAUUAAUGAA